AUGCCCGAGUGCCCGGAGCUGCACCUCGCCGGGUGCUUCAUCAACGGCGUGUGCGGCGGGCUGGUGUUCGCGGGCGGCGUGGAGCGCUCGGCGGUGGGCCGCGGCCCCGAGGUGCCGUUCCGCAGCGAGGCCUACCGCAUCUCGGCCCUUGCCCGGGGUAAGGAGCUGCGGCUGACGCUGAGCGCGCUGGACCCCGCCGCCGCCCCCCCGCCGCAGGACCUCGUGUUUCGUUUCGGCAUGUCGGGGUCGUUCCGGCUGUGCCCAGCCGCCGAGCUGCCCCGCCAUGCCCACCUCCGCUUCCUGACCCGCGAGAGCCCCCCGCGGGCCCUCUGCUUCGUGGACGCCCGCCGGUUCGGGUCCUGGCGCCUGGGGGACGCCUGGCAGCAGGAGCGCGGGCCCUGCGUCGUCUCCGAGUACCAGGCUUUCAGGGAGAACGUGCUGAGGAAUCUGGAUGACAAGGCUUUUGACAAGCCCAUCUGUGAAGCCCUCUUAAACCAGAAGUAUUUCAAUGGAAUUGGGAAUUACCUGCGUGCUGAGAUCCUGUACAGGUUGAAGAUCCCUCCCUUUGAAAAGGCUCGGACUGUGCUGGAGGCCCUGAAGGAUCAGAAGCAGGAGAGGAGGAAGAAGGAUCCUUCCCUGACACUGAGCAAGAAGGUGAAGCUGAUGAGGAAGAACCCAGAUCUCCUGGAGCUGUGCCACACCGUGCCCAUGGAGGUCAUCACGGCAGAGAAGCACCUUUUGGACCCUGAGCACUCGGAUAACUACGCCACCUUCAAGAACUGGCUGCAGUGUUACUUGGUGCCUGGCAUGAGCUCCCUGCGUGACCGCAACGGCAGGACCAUAUGGUUCCAGGGAGAGCCUGGUCCCAUGGCUCCCACAGGGCAGAAGCACCAGAAGAUGCCCCGCAAAAAGCGCGCUCAGCUGAAGGCAGACCCUGAGGCACUGACCCCUAAGGUCACCUCACGCGCCUUGAAAAGGCGCCCCAGGGCUGCAGCAACCCCCCAAAAGUCAGAUGAGAAGGAGGAAGGGGAGGAGGAGGAGGAGGAGGCUGAUGGGCCGAGGAAGGGACGUGCUCGCCGGAGGAGGAGAGGGACCCCUGCUCCAGCCUUGCCUGAGCCAGAGGUGCUUCUCAACACCAGAAGAAGCCGCCGGAUGUCUGCACGCAGGGGCAGAGCUGCAGUCUCUGUCAUGUGAGUGCUGCCCACUGCCCACCUCUUGAGGGACAUUUAGUGGCCCAGGAGAAGCUCAGGGAGGGCUUGGGGGAAAUGGAGCUUCUCUGUACCUGUGCUCACAGCUGCUUGCUACUGUUGCAUCCUGCCAGUGCGUGAGAGAGAAGCUGGGCUUGGUGGUGGGGUAUUUUCCUGCUGUCCAGAGGCAUUAGAGGGGAAGAAGAGCCAAGACCUUACAUUGUGCUGCACUCUGACUCUUCCCUCUGCCUAAAACUGGGUUCUCUCUUCCCUUUCUGGCUGCUGCUCCAAUCACUGUUUUUAGCUGACUAAAUAAUAAAAUAUUUUGUGUAGAAA